CCUCAGGGCUCAGACAGCGACAUAACCUGAGAGCUACCUUCAGCUUUGUCUUUGUCUUAGCAAUUUUUUUUUCUCUAUUCAAUAUCUUGGUUACUAGAAAUGGAAGGUCAAUUAGAAUUUAACAGGUUACCAGUAGACUGUGUUUCUACAAUUCUUUCCUUAACAUCUCCAUUAGAUGUAUGCAGAUCAUCCUUAGUUUCCACCUCAUUUCAGUCAGCUGCAGACUCUGAUGUUGUCUGGGAAAGUUUUUUGCCUUCUGAUUAUAGUAACAUUGUCUCAAGAAUCAUAGCUCCUCUGAAAUUUUCUUCAAAGAAAGAGCUUUUUCUUCGUCUUUGUAACCCCAUUUUCAUAGAUGAUGGAACGAAGAGCUUCAACUUAGAGAAAUCAUCUGGAAAGAAAUCCUAUUUGUUAUCAGCAAGAGAUCUUUCCAUAACAUGGAGUAAAGAACCAAUGUAUUGGCACUGGGCGUCUCUACCUGAAUCAAGGUUCUCUGAAGUGGCUACUCUCAGAACCAUUUGUUGGCUAGAAAUACAAGGCAAGAUUAAGACUCAAAUGCUAUCACCAAACACUGUUUAUGUAGCAUAUCUUGUAAUGAAAAUCACUGGUCGUGCCUAUGGGCUUGAUUUAAUGCCAUCUGAGGUAUCAGUUGAAGUUGGGAAUCACUUGUCUAAGAGCACUGCAUAUUUACGUCGCGGCGAAGAUAGCAAGAAACAGCAACUAGAGCGUCUAUUCUUUGCCAAUCGUAUGCAGAUGCUGCAGUCAAGGGUGAUGGAAGGAGACGGGAGAGUCCCACGUGAUAGAGAUGAUGGAUGGAUGGAGAUUGAGCUUGGAGAGUUCUUUAAUGGCGAAAAUGAUGAUGAGGAAGUGAAGAUGAGAUUAGAAGAAGUAAAGGGUCAACAUUUGAAAGGAGGACUUGUUAUUGAAGGGAUUGAAAUUAGGCCUAAACAUUAA